AUGAUGAAUAUAUUUAUUAUUCUACUUUUUAUCUUCUAUCCUAUUCAUGAUGUUGAUGGAUAUGGCGUUCGAGGACAAACAAGAUGGCAAAUUAUUCUAUGUAAAUUUUCUGACAGUCCAACGCCGAAAUAUACACAGUCAGCAAUUAAAGAAAAAUUUUUAAUUCGCGGCACUGGAGGUAUGGCUGAUUAUUGGCAUGAUAUAUCAAAUGGUCUUAUUAAUUUUGGUUCAUCAAGUGUCAAUGGUUGGUAUACAAUAAGUGAAACAAAAGAUCAGCAAGUGAAAAAAUCCAGAAACCAACGAUUCGAUGAUUGUGUCAAAGCUUCCAAACUAUCGAUACCAUCAACGACACGCAUCAUAAUUAUUACCAGUCCAGGCAUUGACUUAUGGGGUAGUAAUAAACGCGUUUAUUGUGGCGAAGAUAAUGAUUUAUCACUAGUAGCUCAUGAAAUGGGUCAUGGCUAUGGUCUCGCUCAUUCAUUUUCCGAUGAUCCCACCUACAGAAAUAUUGAGUGGGCACAAAUUGGCGAGUAUGAUGAUGAAUGGGAUCUCAUGAGUGUUGCUCAUGUCAAAACGAUACAUACAAUCAAAUAUGGUUGGACUCCACCUGGAUUAAAUGGCUAUGGUUUGGAACGACUUGGUUGGAUUCCAAUUCAUCGUAUUUAUACAUUUGGAGCAAAAGGCGAAGCAUCAAUUACAUUGACUUUAACGACACUUAUGAAUCCAGCAUCCGGUUAUCCACAGUUGAUACGUAUACCAUUCGAUCCAUCGAAUUAUCAACAUUACUAUCUUGUUGAAAUGCGUUUCAAAGAAAAGUGGGAUGCUGGAUUCGAUCGAAAUGAUGUAUUCAUACAUGAAAUCCAAUACAAUUCAGCUGAUAAAAUUUAUCAUUCAUAUCUUCUUCGAACACGUGGUACAUCAACACGUGAUCCUGUUGCAUCUAUGAAUAUGAACAAUGUUAAAAUUACAACUGGUGUAAUCAAUGUUCGAACACGAACUGUUUCUGUUCAUAUUGAAAGUAAUAUUGCAGAUCGUUGUCUUCAAGGUUAUGUAUGGCGUGAAGCAAUACCAAGCGAUCAUGUAUGUGUUACACCAACAAUACGAAGUCAAACAUGGGCAGACAAUGCAGCUGCUGCUUCACGUCGUAAUCCAUUAGGUGGAGAUUAUGGUGUAGAUACAUGUAAGCAAGGCUAUGUUUGGCGAGAAGCUUAUUCUUCUAACGAUCAUGUAUGUGUAUUACCUGAAACUCGAACUCAAGCACGAAAUGAUAAUAAUCAAGCUGCUAAUCGUCGAAAUCCAAGUCGUUUUGUCUAUGGACCAUUGACAUGUCAAAAUGGAUUUGUUUGGCGAGAAGCUGAUGAUUAUGAUUAUAUAUGUGUAACACCAGCAACAAGACGACAAACAUCAGCCGAUAAUGCAGCUGCUUCAUCACGUAGUCGACCAGGUCAUACAUGUAUAUCAGGUUACUAUACAAGAAAUGCUUAUCUGAAUGAUUUUGUCUGUGUUACCGUUGGUGUUAAAAUACAAGUAAUCAUCGAUAAUUUAGCUGCUACGAGCCGUUGGAUUUAUGGAUAA